CUACGUGAACGGGAGGCAGUGCCAGCGUUUCGAGGUGGGCACGAGGACAACGUACCCCCUGAGCCAUCGCCGAGUCUACGUCCUCACCAACGCCACGGCCUGGGUGGAGGGACGCUGGGGGGGUCACCUCCACCGGACCCCCAACCUCACGCUGAUCCUCAACGAGGCCGUGAAGCCCGACCCACCCGUCACUGGGCUGCCCUUCACCAAGACCGGUGGCCAACUGUGGCUACGGGUGCCAUGGCCAACGUGCCACCGUGGGCGCUGGCCACCACAGCGGGAGGCUCGCUUCCGGAGGACGGGUGAUGGCAACUGGACACAGGUGACGUGCGAAACGGUGACGGACCAGGAUGACUCAGUGAACUGCUCCCUGGAAAGGGAUGGCACCUUUGAGGUCCAGCUCCGGCACAAGCUCCCCCACUGGAGCAGCUACUGGAGUGACUGGAGCAGCUCCAUCUUCGUUCCUGAAGAAAUCCUGGAGAGCCCGGAGCUGAGCUACCAGCUGGGAGAACUGGGGAGAGACGGGCAGCGGGUGCUGAGGUUGGGCUGGCAGCGAGCCCCCGAGGGGCAGGGAAACGUCACCUACACCCUGCACACCCACAUGCUGGCGUGUCAUUGCGCCGGGCUGGCCGAGGAGGACACGGUGGAGCUGGGGAUGGAGGUGACAUCACACAACCUCACCCUCUCGGGGGCAGAGUACGAAAUCCUGCUGACAGCGGCCAACGCCGCCGGGACGGGGCCAGCACAGAAGGUCCAUGUGCCAGCAGAGCAGCACGCAGAUCUCAGCUUCGAGGACAUCAGCGUGGCCGGCGACACCCUGACGGCGCGGUGGGAAGCCCCGAGCCCUGGCUCCUUCUACUGCUUCGAGCAGCAGCCGUGGGGGCAGAGAGCCCCAAAACGGGGGCAGAGAGCCUCAAAACGGGGCGUUUGCACCCAACGGGACUUCCCUGCCAAGAGCAUCCACGUGGAGACAGGCGAGGGAGCGCUCCGAGCCCCCCAACUCAUCCUGCCCAAGCCCGUGGGCACCAAAGCCAUCCAGUUCUCCACCGGUGACACGAAUCAGGUGAGACACAAGGGGCAGGAGGGGCCGGAUCCUGCCCCCCAGCAGGUGCCCACGUGUUACCUCCUGGCCGUGCACGGCUGGUCCCUGGCACGGGGCUGGUCCACCUUCGCCCUGCAGCAUCGCUACGUCAGCAACGACUCGCUGGACGUCAACGUCAACGCCAGCGCCGGAGAUGCCACCAUCACCCUCCAGUGGAGCCCGUCCCCUCGUGCCACCUGCCCCGGGGCUCUGGCCAAAUAUCUCAUCUGCCACGCUGCCAAAGGGGACAAUGUGACCUAUGCCGAAGCCGAUGCCGCAGCCUCGAGUUUCACCCUCCAAAACCUCCGGCCGGGCACAACCUACAGCCUGGGCGUUUGGGAGGUGCCAACUGAGAGCAGGGGGACCUGCAACGCUUGGUGGCACUUCCAGACCAAGGCGCUGGGAACAGUGUGGAAAUCCAACUUGACCUUCCUGGGCAUCUUGCUUGCUCUCCCUGCCGUGGUCAUCAUCUACCAGCUGAGCAAAAAGAGGUGA